AUGCACGACCAUUAUCUUCAGCCUCAAUUAUUUCAAGAUGGGGUUUGCCAAGGACAGGCCUUUGAGAACCUGACCGCUUUGCAUUUGCGUAUUCCAGCCAAUGGCAGUUUGAAGAGAAGACUGCCUGGAAUCCUUAUUCCCACAGCAAGUAUUCAUAUAUUGCUCAUCUCGGAAAAAGAUCUGGGAUUUCUUUCAGGCUUUGAGCCUUUGCAGUUUCUUUUCCGCUCAAAGUCUUCCUCCUUUUCGAAGGUGUGGCCUUCUUACAGACACAGUAGCUCCGACAUUUCGUUGAAUGACGAAAAUGCAGUCAUGAAACCUCCACCAGACGGGUGGAGUUGA